CGGCCUUGUCGCUUGUCGCGCAAUCAAAACGCUAUUUUUUAGUCUGAGCGCAUUUAAAAAAAAAAGUUUUAUUAUAAACCAAUUUUUAUGAAAGAUUAUUAUUAUAAGAGAAGAAUAUUAUAAAUGGAAAUUGAUGGCGAUGAGAUUUGUGUCUAACAACCCGAAUUAAAAUAGUUUGAGUCUAGUUAUUGAGACGAGAAGUUUUUGACGAGAUAAUAUUUAUCCCUCGAUUCGAAUUGUGAUCAGUGGCAUUUUUAUUUGGCGAAGAAUUCAUUAAAAUAAAAUUUAGAUUUUAACUUUAGAUAUGAAUUUGAAUGAAAAUUAUGUUAAUGUUAUCGGGGUACAAUUAAAACACGAUUUUUAUCAAUGAAUAUAUGGAAAUUUUGAGUGUUAUGUGACCGUCUGUUUAGUUUGUUAUUUUUUUUCUAAUCUUCGUCGUCGUCUUUAAUUUCAUACUACUGCGGAACGUGUCGAUGUCAAUGUGUGAUUUGUUGUCGACGAAUAAAAUAAAUUAUUUUGAAUUAUAAUAAAAUUGAAUGUUGAGAGUGCAAUAAAAAAAAUCGUUUAAAUUAUCAAAAACUUUGUGUGAGAGAAUAGAGGCGGAAAAAAAUGCAAAAAGAAAAUUUUACGCAAAAUUGAUGGCGAUACAUUUUGUGUGCUUCACAUACCUCGCGUUUUCAUUUUUCGUUCGUAAAGAAAAUGAUACAAUUUGAAACUGUUAAGUAUGGAAUACUGAAACCUAAGGAUAAUCAAAGAAAUAUUAAAGGUGACAACACGACUGGAUGUUCCGAAGAGGAUGUUCUAUUGGCAGACACAAACAGUUUAACAGUUGAACCAUGUCAUGAUAGUGCAUUUGAUGAUGAACAAACCGUGUCUAGUCAUCCAAAAGAAGUGCUGUGCAAAAAGAACGAAAAUUUAAAAAUGAAUUGUACCGGCGAUAUGGACACUGAUGAAUCGUACCAUGAAAGUGAGGGUGACGAAAUGGAACGUUUGAAUUUAAAUGACGGCAAAAUAUCAAAACACAAUGAAGAUGCGGCUAACAAUAAUGGCAAUCAUGAUGGUGGAGAAGAGAAUGGAGACGAUGAAACUGAGAAGUCUGAACAAACGGAUCAACUAUCGGAUGGUCAAUUUGGUGCACCGGGCUACUUUUCGUUGGAAGCAUUGCAGAAAAUGGCACAAUUUGUGUCGGCUGCCAUUGCUAAUAAUAGCGAUAACGAGGAUGCCCAAAAACAGUUGGCUGUUUUACAAACAACACUGUUCACAUUACAACACCAGCAACUGUUUCAACUUCAACUAAUCCAGCAGUUACAGUCACAGCUAUCGAUAAAUCGAUCGGAUAAGGAUGAUGAUGAUGUUGAUGAGGAAGACGAACGUGAAGAGGGUGAACUAACUCAAGAGCAAAUGGAUGAAGAGCAAAGGAAGUAUGAAGAAGAACAAAGACAGAUCCGGAAGGAGGAGGAGGAAAGUUUGAAAGCUAAAAAGGAAGCAAUGUCAGAUAAGGAAAAGGAAGGAUUUCAACCUCUUAAUCCUAACCUUCCUAUCGGCCCCAACGAUUCGAUAUCGGCAAUGGAAGCAUCAUUCAGCUCGUCCUUCGCGUCAACAAUAAUUACCAAUCACGAUCAGCCGUCGUCAAUGGAUGGUCUGAAUUCGCUGGAAAUGCUACAAAAACGAGCUGAAGAAGUGCUGGAUUCAGCAUCGAGGGGAAUUCUCUCGGGCAGUCUGGCCGAUGAAAUGUCGUUCAAAAAUGACGGCAAAGGUCGCAACGAACCAUUUUUCAAGCAUCGAUGUCGAUUUUGUGGAAAAGUGUUUGGUUCAGACUCAGCUUUACAGAUACACAUCAGAUCUCAUACCGGUGAACGGCCCUUUAAGUGCAAUGUAUGUGGUAGUCGAUUUACAACUAAGGGAAACUUAAAAGUUCAUUUCCAAAGACAUACACAGAAAUUUCCACAUAUCAAUAUGAAUCCACAUCCAAUUCCUGAACAUUUAGACAAAUUUUAUCCUCCAUUACUGCCUCCAUUGCCACCAGGCCAACAGCCGCCAAUAUCUCCGCCUCCACCACAAUCGUCACGUCCACCAGCACCAAUGAAUCUACCAUUUCCACCAAUUCCUGGCCUACCGCCAGGACUACAAGGUUUCCAAGGCAUUCCGGGUCUACCACUGUUUCGGCCACCAUUUGACUUACUGAAACAAAUGGGAGCGCAUCCAUUUUUCGGCGCCAUUCGAGAUGCUGUCCACCAGGAGCAACGACAAGAUGUUGAAAAACAACAAACGGAGGAGCAAGUCAGUCCUGCCGAUCUCAGUAAACCUCCACUCAUUACCAGUCCGAAAAUCAAGGAUGAACCCAAAGAGGAAUCAGUUAGUCCACAACCAUCCGAAGAAACACAGCAUUCAAUUGAAGCAAAAUUGAACGAUGAAGUGGUGGACAAACCAAAGUCAAGUGAAUCUCCACCUCCCAUGUGGAAGGAAAGAGACUUGAGAAAAGACUGCAUAUCACCAGCGAAGAGCAUUGAAGGCUACUCGUCACCGAAAGACCAACCGGAAAAUCUAUCAAAAAUCUCUGCCAAACUAUCGCCCAGCAGCAUAGGCUCGUCACGAGAUAAUCACAUAAUGGAUAAUCAAAAUGAAAUCAAAAUUUUUCCGUCGAUGAUGCCGCGUCCAGGCAGCACAGACAAUUCGUGGGAAAGUUACAUAGAAGUAGAUAAAUCGUCGGAAACAUCAAAGCUGCAACAGCUUGUGGAUAACAUAGAAAAUAAGAUAACCGAUCCAAAUGAAUGCUGUGUGUGUCACAAAGUGCUAUCGUGCAGGAGCGCAUUGCAGAUGCAUUAUCGUACUCAUACCGGUGAACGCCCGUUCCGUUGUAAAAUUUGCGGUCGCGCUUUUACUACCAAAGGCAAUCUGAAAACCCAUAUGAGCGUUCAUCGCAUGAAACCACCAAUGCGGACAAUUCAUCAAUGUCCCGUUUGUCACAAAAAGUAUUCCAAUUCGCUGGUUUUGCAGCAACAUAUCCGCUUGCAUACCGGCGAACCAACCGACCUAACAGCGGAACAAAUCCAGGCUGCCGAGAUACGUGAUUUUCCAUCCAUGUCGCCGGGAUCAUUUCCCAUGGGCCUAAAUCCGUUUGCCUUUCCCAUUCCUGGUAUGCAUCCUGGUUCGAUCGGACCAGAAUCAUCCAUCGGUGAGAAUGACGACUUUAUGGAUGAAGAUUUCGACGACGCCAGCAAUUUCGACGAGAAUAUGUCGAAUGCUGGUUCGGUAUCCGGCGAUUCAACACAAAACAUAUCGAAUUAUUCUCGGGCAAACAAUGACGACAAUAAUCAUUCACGUGCAAUUAGUGCUAUGUUAGCUGAGCAUAGUAAAACAACGGAAAAUCUAUCUAGAGCUCCGUCAUCAGCAAGUCGAGCUGAAAGCGUCGACGAUAAGAGUUUAAGUCCCCGAACGCCACCACAAUCAUCACCAGCCCCGUCUGACAUAUCCCAAGGUGCAUUAGAUUUAACGCCACGGUCUGAACCAAAGCACAGUCCUCCAAUGAUUCCACAACCACAUACCGGUAUUGCUGGCUUUCCGAAUUUUCCAUUCAUGCCACAUGUUGCGACUACAUCGGCACCAUCAAUGAUGAAUAACGCAUUUAAUUCGUUAGCUCAAUCAGUAUCACCAAUGGGACCUUUCAAUCCAAUUGCUAUGGCCGGCAUGCGGGGUAAUACAACGUGUAAAAUUUGCUUGAAAACUUUUGCAUGCCAAUCGGCGCUUGAAAUCCACUACCGGAGUCAUACCAAGGAACGGCCGUAUAAAUGCACCAUUUGCGAUAAGGCAUUUACAACGAAGAAUGAAGAGCUCAUCCAUACAUCCCUCCAUUUCCAAAUAUAUGGUAAUAUGAAGCAGCACAUGAUGACACAUAAAUUACGUGACAUGCCACCGCAUAUGUUCGGCUCAACACCGCAACCAAUACCACAAUCCGAGUCGCCGAUUCGAUCGCCCGAGCAGAAGGAGACACCGCAGAUUCGAAUCAAAUCAGAAGCGGAACUCAGUCCACGGUCGUCCGAGAACAGUCGAGGUACAACCACUUCGUCGAACAAUGACCGGUCGAGCAGCAAGCGAGAGCGAUCAUUACCGCCACAAUUUCAAAUUCAGCCGGAAAAUAACUACCAAAUGAUGAUGGAUCGACAACAGGCCAAGUCUGAGGCACGGUUGAAGCGAUCACAAGCGGAGAAUGAACAACCGAUAGCAAAGAGGCCGUUAGUGACCGAGUCGCACGUACAGGAACCCAUUUCACUGAACAAUAAAAAGGAGGCAUUUCAUAUGCCCCCACAUCCGGAAGAGAAGACUUCGUCGCAUUUGGAACGAUUGCAGCAAUUUCAUACCUCAUCACUGCUAAAUCAACCGCUAAAAAUGGAUGCUCAUCUGAAAGCGACAACAUCGCCUGGCUCAGACAUUGGGUCUGGCAGUGGUGAUCAGAAGCACUAUUGCCAUUUAUGCCAAAAGAACUUUAGCUCCACAUCAUCGCUUCAGAUACACAUGCGAACCCAUACGGGCGAGAGACCUUUCGUUUGUAAUGUCUGCCAGAAGGCGUUUACGACUAAAGGAAAUUUAAAGGUCCACAUGGGAAUUCAUACGUGGAGCGGUGCAUCGCGUCGCGGUCGUCGAAUGUCGUUAGAAUUGCCAUUUAACGGUUCGAUGCCCUUAAUGCUACAAAAUCCCGAUUUCCUUCAACGUCACUCCGACUUUUUCCAUCCAUAUCCACCAACUCAUCUACUCGGUCGCAUGCAACAGUCAAUGAAUAUGGAACAGCAAAAAUUUGAACGGGGGGCACCACAACCACCUAUAUUAAACUUAGCGCAUAAGUAUAUGAAUGCAAAUGGUCUCGGCGGCCUAGCCGGCCAUCCAAUGUCCAAUCAUAUUGAUAAUCGCCAACCACCAUACAAUUCAUCACCGUCGCCAUCAAGUGAUAAGCAUACGGCAUCGCCAAACAGUUUGCGCGAUGACAUGCUGAUGGAUUCGCCGAAACGGAAUGGUGAUUUGUCGCCAACGCGAACCGUCACACCGGACUUGUCGCCUCGAUUAUGGAAAUUGCAUUAUGAAAGCAAAGCGGUCAAUCGAGACAAUAUCGAUGCGAAAAGUGACGAUCAGGCGAAAUCGGUUGAAGAACUGAUCGCCUAGAGAUGUUGAUGAUGACACGCGUCAUGAAUUGCGAUAUCAUAAAAAAAUAAUUUUGUUUUUCUCAACAACUGGACGAAAGUGGAUGGACAGAGAGAAUAUACUAUACGUUUUAGAAACUACUAGUCAUAACUGUGAUUAUAUAUCAAAUGAUGCAAAGGGAGGUGGAGUCGAUCGCCUCCACGUGGUGCCUCCCGGACGAGUGCGACUAAACGAUCGACGGAACUGAUUUUUUGAUACCACAAACGUGUAAAAUACCAUUUGUAAAUAGUUGAUUAGCAUUCUAUGUAAGUAUGUCGGUAUGGAAACCUUAUAAAUUAAAUUUAAAAAAAAUUAAAAUUUAAACAAAAAAUUAAAUUUAAACACAAAAGUAAAUAAGUAAAACAAAAACCUAAAAUUAUAUAAUUCAACAAACAAAUUUAAAUUACAAUUAAAGGUAAAUUAAAUCAACAAUAUAAAGUAAAAACAAAGUGUAAAUUAUAAAUACAAAAAAAAAUACAAAAAGUAUAGAACACACACACACACAAAACAUACAUACGACAAACAUUCAUUCAAUGAAUCGUUCAUAAAAAUGCAAAUACAAAUUACACACAAAAAAACUCAUUUAAUUAUAAAAAAGGGAAAAUUAUCAGAAAAAUUGAAGUGAAAAAUAAAUGAUCGUAUAAAUAAUA